AUGACAUCGUUUCAACCAAGCGACCAUCGGAACGAAAACAGUUGGUAUUGCCUAACCAAAGGGCCGGCAGCCAAUCAGAAACCGGAAUACAUCGGUGAACAGGUAUAUAUACCGGUGCGUUCCCCGAUGUACUUCACUUCAACUCAAACCUUCAAACCGUCAACAUCUCCAGCAAGAACGAGACCUGAAGGACUGAAGCAACACCCGCCGAAUCAGACGACCAAACGACAAUCUACGAAGCGCCUGCCGCAGACACGAGCUAUCAAGCGCUCCCACAACGGCGAUCUGCGAAUAGCGCCUGGUGCGGAAGCGAGCUAUCAAGUGCUCUUACAACACCAACUGCGAACGACAGCAGGACCACCGACCACGCCGAUUCCACUGGCAACGGAUUACGGGUUGCCUAUACCAUACGACUGA